AUGGCGAUCGACUCGGACUCAAAACGGAGCAUCGAGAUUAUUAAGAUUGAGGAUGCUAAUGUCAACGCUGAAGCGGGCUACCUGCAGCAAUAUCCGCUCCUGGUGAACAAAACCGAAGAUGAGCUCAAGGCGCUGAACAAGGCUGUUCUAAAGAAAUUGGACUGGAAGUUCCUGCCGUGCAUUACUAUAAUGCUGCUGAUGAACUACCUCGAUCGAAUCAAUGUGUCCAACGCGCGACUUGCUGGCAUGCAAGAAGACCUGGGCAUGACGGACGUGGAAUGGAGUGCGGGAAUCUCACUCUUCUACGUUGGCUACAUCAUUUCUCAGGUUCCGGGUAACGUUAUCAUCGCCAAGUCGUCGCCGCGAGUCCUUAUGCCCUGUAUCAUGCUUGCCUGGUCCUUCAUCACUAUAUGCAUGCCGGCGGCGAAAUCACCUUGGGCUUUUAUGCUGUGUCGCCUCCUGAUAGGCAUUACAGAAGGUCCGUUCCUCCCCGUUAUCACGCUCAUGACCUCGUCGUGGUAUACAAAAGAAGAAUCCCCUCUACGUAUGGGCAUCUGGCACGCGGGUACUAUUAUCAGCAAUGUCUUUUCCGGUCUCCUUGCUGCAGGCAUUCUUACCAACAUGGAUAAUGUCGCCGGCCUACAUGCAUGGCAGUGGUUUCUCUUGCUAGAGGGGAUUGUGUCCAUUUUGGUUGCGAUCGCUGGAUUCUGGCUUCUACCAAACUUCCCAAACAACACCGGUGCUUAUUUCUUCACUGAAGAAGAGCAACAAAUGUCACAAUACCGCGCUCUGGUGUCUGCUGGUGGCAAGAGCGAAGACGAUGAAGGCGACAUGUGGGGUGGUGUCUGGCAAGCCGUCAAAGACCCCUUCACCUGGUUCUUCGCAGGCAUGCACUUCUCCCUCAUCAUUGCACAAAGCUUCAAAGACUUUUUCCCUUCGAUCAUUAGCACCCUGGGAUUUGGCAAGGUCGAAACAUAUCUCGUACAGGCACCGCCAUAUGUCAUCGCGUACUUUGUCACACUUCUUGUGUCUUGGAGCUCGGGCAAGAGACUUGAACACUGCUGGCACAUCGUCGGUUCCAUUUCCGUGGCACUCAUCGGCGCUGUCAUUAUGAUUUCCACUCUCAACGUCGGGGCCCGAUACUUCUCCCUCAUCCUACUCUGCUCAGGCCCCUUUGUCGGUCUCAACAUCCAACUCUCGUGGGAAACAACCGUUGUCCCGCGUCCACGCACAAAGCGCGCAGCCCUCAUCGCCAUCGCCAACUGCGUGUCGUCUGUCUCGCACUGGUUUAGCCCGUACUUCUUCUUGCGCAGCCAGGAGCCGAGGUACCAGAUGGGCGGUGGCAUUAUUAUUGCUGGGUGUGGACUUACGAUUGUUUUCUCGUUGCUCGCGAAAUUCUGGGCGGAGAGGAAAAACAAGGCAAUUGAGCGGGAGGAGGAGAGGACGGGAGAGGUUACGACGUGGCGGUUUGCGACGUAA